CGGAGUCAGAGGAGUCAGGAAGGAAGCACUUUGCCGCUUCCAGUAUCGUAAAAAAGUCAAGCGAGGAGUACUCUCUAACUCUUCCGUUUUUGACACACGGACUUCAGCGUGGAUUUUACAACACUCUCCUUCUGCUCGACUACAUUUCCACGUACACGACGGGACGGGGGACUUUCUGAAACUGUAGAAAGAGUGGUCUGCGGACUGGAACAACGGCCAUUUGGGAUCAGGUGGUGCUCCUCCAUUGCGGCGAACACAGGUGUUGUCUUCUUGUGUGUCAGCUGGGCUAAAGGCUCCACGCUGUCAGGAUGAAAAAGUUUAGACGACAUGGCCAGGAGUCACAGCGAGAUCGACUCAAACAGGAACUCUUCCAGUUCAACAAGACUGUAGAGCAUGGCUUCCCCCAUCAGCCCAGUGCUCUAGGAUACAGUCCCUCUUUGCAGCUGCUGGCCAUUGGUACCCGUUCUGGAACAAUCAAAUUGUAUGGAGCCCCAGGCGUGGAGUUCAUGGGCCUCCAUGAUGAAAAUGCUGCAGUCACGCAAGUACACUUCCUUCCCCACCAGGUUGAACUGGUGACUCUACUGGAUGACAACAGUUUGCACAUGUGGUCCUUGAAAGCUCACACAGGACUUUCUGAGCUUCUAGAGAUAGGACGCUUCACACUCACUGGUCCACCUGGUGCCCCACCAAGUGUGACCAGGGUGACAGCAGUCCUGGCCCACUCCUCUGGCGAACUGUUGUUGCUGGGGACCGAAGGGGGCCAUGUCUUUAUUGUUGAAGUCCCUGGCUUCAGAGAACUAGAAGAGAGGAACAUCAGUCUUGAUGAAAUUGCCAAAAGUGUACCAGAGGAUUAUAUUGGACGUAGGAAUUUAGAACACGUUGAGGCCUUACUGGAGAACCCGGUCUGCCCAAACCAAGUGGCUAUUGGUUAUGGACGUGGUCUCAUUGUCAUCUGGGAUAUUGAGAAGCAGUGUGCAAUUCAGCACAUCCAGGCUACUCAGCAGCUGGAGAGUGUGUGGUGGACAGAAGAUGGAGGUUACAUUCUGAGUUCACACAGUGAUGGAAGUUACUGUCGAUGGAUGGCUGGUGAUGCCGAUGUGAAUGAAGAGGAGAAGUCAGACAUUCCUUAUGGACAUUUCCCCUGCAAAGCUAUUUCAAAAAUUCUUCAGCUGCCGACAAAAGAGGGGCCACCAUUUCUCCUCUUCAGUGGUGGCAUGCCCAGGGCCAGCUAUGGCGACAGACACUGCAUUACUGUCAUCCAUAACAAAAUACACGUAGCCUUGGAUUUCACCUCCAGGAUUAUUGACUUCUUUGUCAUCAGAGACAGACUACAUGACACAGGAGAUCCAACCGCAUUGGUGGUCUUAGUUGAAGAGGAGUUAGUUGUGAUUGACCUGGAGACAGAGGGGUGGCCAGUCAUUCAAACGCCUUACCUGGUUCCCCUUCACAGCUCAGCGAUAACCUGUUCACACCAUGUAUCUGCCAUUCCUCUCAAACUGUGGGAAAAACUUAUUGCCACUGGAGAGCUACAACACACACACUACUCCAAAAAGCCGUGGCCAAUAACCGGAGGCAAGAACCUGGCCCAAGAUCCUCCACAGAGAGAUCUCUUGCUCACAGGGCAUGAGGAUGGAACUGUGCAUUUCUGGGAUGCCUCAGGAGUCUGUCUGUAUCCCAUAUACAAAUUAAGCACAGCUGGAGUCUUCCACACAGACGCUGACCCCAUGAACCAAGGUGCUGAAGGCGAGUGGCCACCAUUCAGAAAGGUUGGCUGCUUUGAUCCCUACAGUGAUGAUCCAAGGCGCAUUCAGAAAAUCCAUCUUUGUAAAUACAGUGGUUACCUAGCUGUGGGCACAGCUGGACAGAUCCUGGUGCUGGAGCUCAAUGAUGAAACAGCAGAACACAUUGUGGAGCCCAAAGUUGUGGAUUUGCUGCGAGGUCAAGGAUUUCGCUGGAAGGGCCACAUGCGUCUAGAUGUGCAAGAAGAGCCGGUCCUUUUUCCAGCAGGCUUCCAACCCUUCACGCUGGUGCAGUGUCAGCCCCCAGCAGUUGUCACCGCUCUCAAUCUUCACUCAGAGUGGAAGCUGGUUGCUUUUGGUACCAGCCAUGGCUUUGGGCUGUUUGAUUACCAACAGAAGAGCUGUGUCUUAAUCAAGUGCACUCUAAAUCCUAGUGACCAGCUGGCAAUGGAGGGUCCUCUGUCUCGAGUGAAAAGCAUUAAAAAAUCACUCCGUCAGUCUUUUCGACGAAUCAGGCGUAGUAGAGUAUCACUACGGAAGCAUCAUAUCAGCAAUACUUCCAAGCUCCAGGAGGCAAAUGCUCGUUUGGAAGCUGAAUUGGCGGAGAUGGAGUUGGCUCCUGUUCAAAGGAAGAUUGAAGCACGAUCUUCAGAUGACUCCUUCACUGGUCUUGUACGGAUACUUUACUUCAGCGACACCUUCCUUGCAGACAGUUCACAUACCACACCCUCCCUAUGGGCGGGGACCAAUGGGGGCUGUGUAUAUGUAUUCAUGCUCAGCCUUCCUCCUGUUGAGCGCAGAGCAGAUGAGCCUAUUGCUGCACAGCCAGCAAAAGAAAUCCAGCUGAUGCAUCGUGCCCCCGUUGUUGGUAUCGUAGUAUUGGAUGGUCAUGGAGUUCCUCUCCCGGAGCCAUUGGAAGUAGCCCAUGACCUUGCUCGUUCCCCAGAUAUGCAGGGUUCACAUCACCUUCUUGUUAUUUCUGAGGAACAGUUCAAGGUUUUCAGCCUUCCGAAAGUGAAUGCCAAAAUGAAGCUGAAGCUAACAGCAGUUGAUGGUUCGAGAGUACGCCGGAUGGGCGUGAGCUGGUUUGGCAGCAGUCGGUCAGAGGACUAUGGCAAGAGUGGCCUGGUGGUUUUGACCAAUCAGGGUGAUCUUCUCGUGGUGUCUCUACCUGGGGUGAAGCUGCUUGUUCGUUUCCCGUGUAUCCGCAAAGAAGAUGUUAGCGGCAUUGCUUCCUGCGUCUUCACAAAACAUGGCCAAGGCUUCUACUUGAUCUCUCCAUCUGAGUUUGAGCGCUUCUCACUGUCUACUCGCUUUCUGGUGGAGCCUCGCUGUCUUGUGGAGGUUCCCCAUGGAUCAUCACAACCAGAAAGCACUUCAUCACUGCCCAGAGAAACCAGCCAACCCAAUGAGGAUGCAGAAAGUGCUGCUCGACGUGUCAUGGAGCAUGCUUUGCUGAAUGAUCAGAAAGUGCUGCAGGAGAUACAAAAUUCCCUUGAAGCUGACCAAGUGUCGUUGCUGGAGAAUAGUGUGAGGAACAAUAUAGCCAUUUGAGAAGUGUUGCUCAACAGUGGAGACAAUUGAACUUUUAAUCAGCGAAGAAGCAGAUCUGUUUUUUUACAAACACUACCCUCGCUUCUUGGACUGAUGUAUCCAAAGGACUCUCCGCCGUAUUACAACAUACUGAAGACAUGGUGUGGACUUUUGGCCAUGCUAAAAGAACCACAAACCGGAUUGAGACCAGAAAUAUGUUGCAUGCAGAAGUUGAGAGACACAACCUGCUCGAUGACCCCUGACCACAAAAGACAAGAACAUUACAUCAUGCCAAGAACCUUUCAAUCCACUGCUGAAGUUAUUUUCUUUCUCUGCUUGAGUUCUAGCCACAGUAAAUCAGUGAUGUGCUAUGUAUACACGUAGCUCAUUAUCUUCAUUAGGUUGUCAGCCUUAUUUUACUAUUAUCUUUUAAAUCACAUGCCAUUUUAAUUGGACUUUUGCUUUAAAGAAUAAUUUGGCAUUUAUGGCCUUCAUACUCUGUUAGGUGCAACAAUGGGUGUCUUGCAUCCUACAGUCUGGACACAGGCGUAUCUUAAAGAAAUGUCAUUUUCAACAACUGGAAUGUUAAAAAAAAUAGUUUUACCAUUUGUGAUACAAAUGUUGAUGUGCUUUACAGAUUGAACUCCACAUUUCCUUCGUGUCCUCAGUUUAGAGAUGCCACAUAUUUUAACACUGAAUUAAUAAUACCACUGUACAGCUUCACUCAACCCUAUUCCACAUACUUGGUACACAGUUUUUUUGUAUGUAAAAUGUCACAGACACUGCUGUAAUACAUUUUAUAGUGCCGAAGUUUGGAAUAAUUUUUUAUGGGUUUGGGUUUUUAUGCUCACUUUGUGGAUGUAAAUCAUUUUAACUAUGUAUAUUGUAAUUGAUGAAUGUAAUUGUGAGAUAUUGUAGUCAAAUGUUCAUAUAUUUAUGUAUACAGUUUAGUUUCUUUACUGUAUAUAUGAAUUAAUCAUUCUGUCGCUAAUGGCCUGUUGUAACUGGGGGUGACUGCUAUUUAGAUCGUACAAGAAUAUUUUGGUACUGUGUCACAGAAUGCUGGGUAUUUUAGUGUCAGCCUAGAAUAUAUUUUUGUAGUGAAUUGAUUAAGCCCCUUUUUAAAUCAGUUAUAUCAGACUGCUGUUUUCUUGUCUAAUUACAAGACGGUUUCAUCC